AUAUAUCUCCAUGGCUGAUGAGGGUGGCCGGGCACUUUCAAAAUGGCGGAGUGUGGAGCGAGCGGCGGCGGGAGCAGCGGGGACAGCCUGGACAAGAGCAUCACGCUGCCCCCCGAUGAAAUCUUCCGCAAUCUGGAGAACGCCAAGCGCUUCGCCAUCGAUAUAGGUGGAUCCUUAACCAAGCUGGCCUACUAUUCAACAGUGCAGCACAAAGUGGCCAAAGUGAGGUCUUUUGACUACCCAGGAAAGGACACAGAGCAGGACCACGAGCCACCUUACGAGAUCUCGGUUCAGGAAGAGAUCACAGCUCGUCUGCAUUUCAUCAAGUUUGAGAAUACCUAUAUCGAAGCCUGCCUGGACUUCAUCAAAGACCACCUGGUCAACACAGAGACAAAGGUCAUCCAAGCAACAGGGGGCGGGGCAUACAAGUUCAAGGACCUCAUUGAGGAGAAGCUGCAGCUGAAAGUGGACAAAGAAGACGUGAUGACCUGCUUGAUAAAGGGGUGUAACUUUGUGUUGAAGAACAUCCCUCACGAGGCCUUCAUGUAUCAGAAAGACUCCAACCCUGAGUUCCGAUUUCAGACAAAUCACCCCAACAUCUUCCCAUACCUCCUGGUCAACAUCGGCUCUGGCGUCUCCAUCGUGAAGGUGGAGACGGAAGACAGGUUCGAGUGGAUCGGAGGCAGCUCCAUUGGAGGUGGCACCUUCUGGGGGCUUGGGGCGCUGCUCACCAAAACAAAGAAGUUCGAUGAGCUGCUGCACCUGGCCUCCAGGGGCCAGCACGCCAAUGUGGACAUGCUGGUGCAAGACAUCUAUGGCGGGGCCCACCAGACCCUGGGGCUGAGCGGCAACCUCAUCGCAAGCAGCUUUGGGAAGUCGGCCACUGCCGACAGAGAGUUCUCCAAAGAAGACAUGGCCAAGAGUUUACUGCACAUGAUCAGCAAUGACAUCGGGCAGCUCGCUUGCCUCUAUGCCAAGCUCCACAGCCUGGACAGGGUGUACUUCGGAGGCUUCUUCAUCCGGGGCCACCCUGUGACCAUGCGCACCAUCACUUAUAGCAUCAACUUCUUCUCCAAGGGAGAAGUCCAGGCACUGUUCCUGAGACAUGAAGGCUACCUGGGAGCCAUUGGGGCAUUUUUGAAAGGAGCCGAGCAAGACAAUCCUAACCAGUACAGCUGGGGUGAGAACUAUGCAGGCAGCUCUGGGCUGAUGAGCACGUCACCGGAGCUGUGCCCUACACAGCGGGCAAGGAGCGGCACAUUUGACCUGCUAGAGAUGGACCGACUAGAGAGACCCCUGGUCAACCUGCCCCUCCUUCUGGACCCAUCCUCCUAUGUGCCCGAUACAGUGGAUCUCACUGACGAUGCUCUGGCCCGAAAGUACUGGCUGACCUGCUUCGAGGAGGCCCUGGAUGGGGUGGUGAAGCGUGCUGUGGCCAGCCAGCCUGAGUCCAUGGAUGCAGCUGAGAGGGCUGAGAAGUUCCGGCAGAAAUACUGGAGCAAGCUGCAGACACUGCGACACCAGCCCUUUGCUUAUGGGACACUGACUGUUCGGAGCCUGCUGGACACGAGGGAGCACUGUUUGAAUGAGUUCAACUUCCCAGACCCCUACUCCAAGGUGAAGCAGAAAGAAAAUGGCCUGGCACUGAAGUGCUUUCAGAACGUGACACGCUCCCUGGACUCACUAGGUUGGGAGGAGCGGCAGCUGGCCCUCGUGAAGGGGCUGCUGGCCGGAAAUGUGUUCGACUGGGGUGCCAAGGCUGUGUCUGAUGUCCUCGAGUCUGAGUCCCAGUUUGGGUUUGAAGAAGCAAAGAGAAAAUUACAAGAGCGGCCGUGGCUUGUGGAUUCCUAUAACGAGUGGCUCCAGAGAUUAAAGGGGCCCCCUCAUAAAUGUGCCUUAAUUUUCGCAGAUAACAGUGGAAUAGACAUCAUUUUGGGAGUCUUCCCCUUUGUCAGGGAGCUACUCUUUAGAGGGACGGAGGUCAUCCUGGCGUGCAACUCCGGCCCCGCCCUGAACGAUGUGACCUACAGUGAGUCCCUCAUCGUGGCCGAGCACAUCGCGGCCAUGGACCCCAUCAUCCACUCUGCGCUCCGGGAGGAGAGGCUGCUGCUGGUGCAGACGGGCUCCAGUUCCCCGUGUCUCGAUCUCAGCCGUCUGGACCAGGGGCUGGCUGUCCUGGUGCAGGAGCGCGGUGCUGAUCUAGUGGUCAUCGAGGGCAUGGGCCGCGCUGUUCACACCAACUACCAUGCAGCGCUGUGCUGCGAGAGCCUCAAGCUGGCCGUGAUCAAGAACGCCUGGCUGGCUGAGCGGCUGGGUGGCCGGCUCUUCAGCGUCAUCUUCAAGUAUGAAGUGCCCGCUGAGUGAGGUGCCUGCUCCCACCAGAACCUGCCCCCAUCACUCAUCAGGAAUGUUUUACUGAACAAGGAAUCUACAGUCCACACCAGAGUAUUUAUACUGUGCUUCUGUGACUGAUGGCGCGUGCACCGGGCCAGCCGAUGCAGGUUGUCCCAUGUGACACUCGUAUUGGAAUGUAUUUAACUGUUAAUAAUCUUUUAUAUAUAUAUAUAUAUAUAUAUACAUAUAUAUAAAUAUAUGAAUAGAUGUGU